AUGUUUCUGAAACUUUGGUACAUUCUGGAAGAUGGGUUAGAGGCCAUUCUUGCUGCUACUGACAAGGACGAUGACGAAUUGAAGAGAAGGCGAAAGAAGCGUGAAGAAGAUGAUUUCAUGUGCCGAGGUCAUAUUCUGAAUGUUUUGGGGUUGAACGUUUACAAUGCUCAUCGUAUUUAUGGAACUCCGAAGGAACUAUGGACUGCACUGGAGAACAAAUACAAGAUUUCUGAGGCCAGUAACAAGAAGUUCCUGAUUUGCAACUUUAUGGAUUGGAAAAUGGUUGACAGUAAGUCUAUCAUUGCCCAGUUCAGUGAUCUUUUGCUUAUUGUUAAUCAUCUUAAAGAUGCUGGUAUUGAUCUUCGUCAUCUUCGCAUUGAAGAAGAUGCUCGUAAGCGUGAGAUUAAGGAUAGUCAGCAAACUGAAAAUCAUUCUAAGAUUAAUAAUGUGCAAGAAUCGAAAACUUCGAAUUCUUUGAAAGUUCAAAAUAAUUCUCAGUUUAAGAAGCAAGAUCCAAACAAGAAUGGUAAGAAGAAGGGCCUUUGCUACUUCUGUACGAAACCCGACCAUAUUGCUCGUGACUAUCGUCAAAAGAAGAAACAAAUGAAUAAGGAAACAAAUAUGGUCGAUGAUUCUAAACUUGUCAUUGUUGUGCAAGAGGCCAAUACUGUUGCAGAUCAUGGAAGUGGAUGGUGGUACGAUACUGGUGCAACCAUUCAUAUAUGUAAAGACCGAAAUCUUUACAAGACAUAUGAGCCUGUUUUCGGAGAAGAUGUGAUUUCUGAAAAUCUUCUUCCUAGGUACAUGGCAAAGGCACUGUUGAACUCAAGUUUACUUCUGGAAAGAUUGUUACCCUUACCAAUGUAUUACAUGUCCCAAACAUAUGUAAAAACCUUGUUUCUGGAGUCCUUGUUAACAAGGCAGGUUUCGAGGUUAAGUUUGGAUAUGAUAAGUUUGUACUGUCCAAAAACGGAAAGUUUGUUGGACAAGGAUACCCUUGUAACGGAAUGGAUAAACUUAAUUUAA